AUGGGCCAUGACAGCAACGGCUACGAUGAAGGCCCUCCAACAAAGCGCCAGCGAAGCUCCCCGUCCUUGGACACCACCAUGCUCUCCGCGUCCGAGGACCUCCUCAUAAACGGCCACGACACGGCCAUGGACACUCAAACCACAGAUGACGCAGCCGAAGCGCCUGCAUCGACACCCGUCACCACGCCCCGGAAGCGCGGCCGGCCACCGAAGCAGACGCCUACCAAGUCCCCGGCCACGCCCUCCACCUCCGGGCGCACCACCACGCACCUCACGCCGCUCAAGGCCGUCGGGCCCAACGCCUCUACGCCCGGCCGCAACGCCGCCGACCGCUCCGCGCGACGGAAGACGGCGCGCGCACUGCUCUCUCACGCCGCCGGCGACGGUCCCAGUGACGACGAGGCGGACGCCGCCGGCGAGGAGGACGAGGACCUGGCGCGGGCCAUCUUUGGCGACUCCUCAGACGAAGAUGACGACGACGACGACGACGACGAAGAAGAAGACGAUGGCAUGCUGCUCCCCGAAGAAGAAGCUGCGGCCGUGGGAACGCCUACGAAGACGAGGAAGCGACGCGCGCCGACCACGCGCCGACGGCGCGCCAGGUCCCCCACGCCGCCGCGCGACCUCCCGCCGCACGAGACGUACUUUUUCCACAACAAGCCCGGCCGCCCCAAGACGUCCGACAACACGCUCGCCGGGCUGCGGCCGCUCACCCACGACGAGUACUUUGACGUCGUCAGCCGUCUCCCGGAGCAGCACGCCGAGGACGUCGCCCGCCUCGAGGCGCUGCACGCCGAGUCCUUUGCGCAGUGGGCGCUGGAGCUCGCGCGCGGCUUCGGCGUCGCGCGCUGCUCCAUCCUGGCGCGUCUCUCCGCCACGCCGUCCGCCUCCGUCGCGGUCGUCGUGCACUCGAUCGACGGCCCCGCGCUGCGCCGCGGCUCGUACGCGGCCCUCGCCGCCCUCGCCGCGCACCCCGCGGUGCACCUCGCGUGCUCCGUGGACGGGCCCGACUUUGCGCUGCUGUGGGACGUGGGCGCGCGGUCCGCGCUGGACCUCGUCUUCCACGACGCCACGACGUUCGCGCCGCGCGCGCCGGCGGAGCUCGACCCGGUCGACGAGGUGCACGAGCUGCUCGGGCGCAGGGCGCGGCGCGUGCACGGGCGUGAGGGCGUCGCGUUCGUGCUGCGCAGCUUGCCGGAGAACGCGCGCAACCUCUUCCGCCUGCUGGUCGGCGAGGUGCUCGUCGCCAUGGACGAGGACGACGCCGCCGCCGCCGAGGUAGACGGCGGCGCGGGUGUUGAGUACAGGAUGGUGUACAACAAGGCUGUCGAGGAGUUUGUAUGCAGUUCGGAAAUGGCUUUCCGGACGCUGCUGAAAGAGUUUCACGAUCAUCAAAUCAUUACCAGUCGGAAAGAUGCGCUGGGGACGGAGCUGUUGAGUCUCCCGUUUCCGCGGGAGGAGCUGGAGGCGAUCUUGGAGGAUCUAAUGGCGUAG